UUUUAUUAUAAUGGAGGAUCUCAAUUUGACAGAGACCGAAAUGAGAUAUUUCGGUGAUUUGUUUUUAUGUUGCGACGAAGAAUCAAACGGGAAAAUACCGAUUCUAAAGGCCACAGAAUUAUUUAGAUCCUCUAACAUACCCAAUGAUGUAUUACGACAGAUCAUGGACAUAAGUGUGGCACCCAAUACCUGUAGCGCAUUGAAUCACAUGAAUAGAAAACAAUUUUAUUCUGCAUUAAAAUUAAUAGCAGCUUUUCAAACAAAUAUGUCUUUAAAACCUGAAUUACUUUCGACGCCACUAGACCUUCCUCUUCCAAGGUUUACAUGGGCACUUAAUUCAGAUGCUAACGCCGAUUUAAUACAGUUAUCUAAUUCUCCAAAAGAGCAGCAUAUAUCAAAAAGGCAAAGGAAUUUUGUUGACAAUCUUGGAGAAUAUGAACCCAUAGGUUUACUAUCGAACCUGUCUGAUGGUGAUGUUCCCCAAGCGCUGUCUCACGAUGCCACGGAGGCUCUAAGUACUGAUUCUGAAAUGGAAUCUGAAACUACAUCACAAAGAUCGGGAUCUUGUGGGAGAAGAGCAAACGCUGGUUCACCCUGGAGUACUGCAAGUGAAAGCCCGACCCCGACAAAUAGUGUGGCAGAACGGGUCCAUCCUGUAUGGGAACACAGUGCAACAGGACGUGGUGUUUGGCCUACUAACACUGCUGAAGAACAUACAAGACUUUUAGGCACGGAAGAGGAGUCUUCAGACCGACACUCAUCGGAAGAGGAGGGCGAGGUGGAAGGGGACGUGUUCGCGAUCAGCGAGGCGCAAGCGCGGCACUACGCGGCUCAGUUCGCGCAACUGCGGCCCGAGCGUGGCUUGCUCUCCGGACAGACUGCUAGGUUGUUCUUCGAAAAGUCGCGACUCUCUGUUCCAGAUUUAAGGAAAAUCUGGCUAUUAUCCGAUAUAACAAAGGACGGUAUGCUCACAUUGGAGGAGUUCAGCAUAGCGAUGCAUUUGAUCGUUCUGAGGCGGAACAACAUCCCUGUGCCAGAUGUGUUGCCCGCCUGCCUCUUGCCCAAAGUGGACUCCAACUUCUCUCAGCAGGCCAUCACAACCGAUUUAGUCGAUCUGGGCGCCGACAUGUUCAGCUCGGGAACCUCGGCCGACUUUAACUUCGCACCCAAACCAGAAAACAACGAUCCGUACGAGAGCAAAGUCAAGAAAACUGAAGACCGGCCGCCCUCCCUUUCUCCGCCGAAACCGGAACCGCAGGCGAACAAGGAGUGGACUAAAUUCGUCGACUCGCCCACAUCGAGCGUGUCGAGCCCCGGCCCGAAGCCGGUCAACUUCGAUUUCCACAAGUCUGCUCUCGAGAGGGAUCCGAAGAUCUUUCACCCGGUGGCGCUUCGCGUCACUCCGGACGCGAACGCGUUGCCCGAAGACGCGCGUGUUAGUACGUCGCCGCGUCGGGACGACUUUGCGCUCGCCUUCGAGCCUCCCAGCCCGAAGCGACUUAACUCAACUGAGCCGCCGGCCAACGGGAACGAGAUUAAAUCGAUCCAGCGCCCGCAGCCGAAGAAGCCCGUAAAGAGUGUCGGGGUGUUGCCUCCGCCUCCCGCGCGCGAGUCUGUCGCCACCGUGGACGAGGGUCCGCAGUCGCUGCAGUACGCGCCCAAGAAGGAGCCCCCCCCGCCGCCGCCGCCGCGGCCUCUCCGCAACCACGCGCGCUCCAGCUCGCUGGACCUCACGCGACUGAAGGGUGCGCCCCCGCCGCCGCAACCUCCCCCUCGCUCCUCCCCCUCCGGCCCCUCGCCCCCGCGCCGCCCCCCCGCGCGCGACGAGCCUGCUUUCCCUCCGGACACCUUCGACACGAACUACGAUGAGCCCGUUUACGCGCCAAAAAUGCAUGGUGCCUUCGAGGUGUACCGGAAGCCGUCUCGUGAAUCAUCGGGCGAGCCGGAACCGGAUGUGAAGGCUCUGAGGGAGCAAAACGCCGUACUGCACCGCGUGUGUCGCGCCCUAAUGGCGGAAUUGGCUGACGUGACACGCGAGCGCGAGGCGCUGCGCGUGCGCCUCGACGCGCACUCCACACCCGUCUAGUCACACACAACCCACAAACCCAACUCCGCUCUUCCCCAUCCACCCUACGUUACUAUGUUUAAAACCACGUUCACGUUAUCGAUCCGUGUAAUCUCAUGAAUAAUUUCAUAUUUGUUAUAAUCUGUGCGAUUUCUUUUCGCUUCUAACGGAUAACGCUCUCCCGUCCGGUAUCCUCCCUGUAUAUUUAUUUUAACUCGUUCACGUUAUCUAUCCGUGUAAUCUCAUAAAAUAUUUUUGUAUUUAUUCGUUCUAUUCUGUGCGAUUUCAUUAUGAUCGUUGUUGUACUCGAGAACGGCUUAAGCGUAUUCGGUCCUAACGGAUAACGAAAUAUAAUUUAGAUAGAGCGUUUCUAAUGUUAAAUGUUUAAAGAAUUCUCAGAAAUGUUCGUUACAUUUAAACGUCAGUUUUGUUGUAAAUUAAAGUAAUUAGAGUGCUAAGAACUAUUCGCGUUUUCUUUGAGAAAAUUAAAAAGAUCGUUGCAAUCCUUGCAUCGUCUAAAGAAUUUGAGACGCAUCUUAAAAAUCGAAGCUUAAUUAAAUUGAAGAGGCUAUAGAAUUUUCCAAUGAUUUUAAUAUAUUCUCGUCAUUGUUUCGUCUAUAAAUUUUCAAAAACAUUUCGCAUCUUUUGACUGUAUAAUAUUUUAUAAAUCCCUUAAAUUUUAUUAUUUGUAUAAACUUGUAGAAUUGGUUCAACAAAAUAACUACCUCAAAAUUUUUACAUAAAUAUAGAUGUUUCUAGCUUUGCAGAAUAUUUGUUAAUAGUAAUAUUACUGGAACUAUUUCAAAUAGACUCAUUUAAAAUAAAAACAUUCAAUCUUACUACCCUCAAAGCCAAUCUUUGAAAAUUUCAAACGUUUCUAAAACUAUUGUACUAGUAAGUUGUAAUCUGAUCUUUAUAGCACAAUUCUGAAAAUGGAUUAAGUUAUUUCUAUAAAACACAAAGAAAGUUAUGGCAUUUAAGUAUUUAUAUAUUUAAAUUAUCUGCUUUCGCGAACAUAUUUAAAUGUAAGUAGUUAUUUUUAUAUAUUGAAAAAAGUGGCGCUAGAAUUGCUUAAAUUGCAUUCCUAAUAUUAUUGUUUUUACGCUUUAUUGUAAAAAAUAUAAAAAAAAAAAACGAAAUAAAAAAUCUUAACUAAAAUAAUAUGUGAAUGUUGUAUAUUAUCGUUAGAAUUAGCUUCUGUAAAUGUAAAAGAUGGAAAGACUUAAGAUUUUGAAAUGCGGUUUACAUGGGAUUUGUAUGUAGAUAGAUAAUGAUUGUCUUAUUGCCAUUAAAAUAUCUCAUAUAUGUAUAAAAUAUUUAAUAUUUUCGUCUGGCAACUAUUGAUCGCUGAGAACUCGGGCGUUAAUCUAAGUGAUGUUAUGAAAGAAUAAAUAUUACAUUAUUAGAAUAAUAUAAAUAGUGAAACAAAGUGUGAAACAACUUGUACGAUAUAAGAUUAUUGUAAAAGUAUUUAUCGUUUAUUUUAGUCAUAUUUUAAGAACAUCGUACUUUAUUGAAACCUAUUAAUCGAAACUAUGUAAAUAUUAUUUUCUAUCCCAUUGCGUAUUUUGGUACCUAUCUACUGUAAGCUUUUUGACCUCACAAAUCUCUAUUUCGGUCCAAUUUUUGUAAAACUAACAAUGUUCACCAUUAUAUUUACCUAUUUAUGUUCAAAAUAUGCAUAUGAUUGUAGUAAACUAUGUACAAUAAAAGAAUUUCAAAAUUA